ACCCACCCGCCGCAUCGUUGACCCGACCGCAAAAUUCACCCGUCAUUGCUCUUCCGAGUCAUCACUCUCCAUCUUCCUCACACACAGACAGACACGCACACAUGGCUUUGCUGGGAGACGACGGCAGAGGCUACGAGCUAGCUCGGAAGCUGGAGAGCCACGGCGUAUGGCGCACGUGGCUCGGCGACUCCCUCCACUCCAGCUUCGUUCACUUCCUCGCUUCUCCUUCGGCUUGGGAAGCCUUCAUGCGAGCUGACUAUGCCGCCGACUCCUCAACCUCCUCCUCGUCCUCCGCCACCACCGCCGUCGAUUCGCUUAAAACUAGGGCGCUGCUACACCUCCAGCUCCGAGCACGAGCUCUCCUUUUCGAUAAAGCCUCAAUUUCUCUCUUCCUCCGAUCUCCUAAUAAUAAUCCUCAGUUAUUAUCACCUUCAUCGUCCUCGAAUGCAAUCUCGAAACUGAAUCCAAAUUAUUUGCAGUUGCACGGUGAUGAUGUGUAUUUCACUUUGGAGGAAGCUGCUCAACGGUCGGAUAGUGUUCUUGCUUCUUCUGCAAAUGCGACGGCAUCAAAGAGCAAAUCAUCUUUUGGUGUUGGAUCGAGGCACACUGAAUCAGAAAUUGGUUCUUUGCCACAAAGGUUCAAGUUCGAUGAAUUACCUGAAACAUGGUAUGCUCAGUUUUUUGAGAAGUAUAGAGCAAGUAAAUCAUACAGACUAUCCUUCGGAGAUCAGGAAACAGAAAAAAGGACUCCUGAACAUAUGUAUAAUUAUCUUAGGGUUGCGGAAAAUCACAAGAGAAAGAGAGUUGCUUUCAAGGUAGAUCAGAACAUUGGUGUUGGCAAUUCCAUGUUAGACAGCGGGUCAAACAUGCUGUUAACCUCAAUAGUGGAGGACAACAAUGCACUUGAUGAUGAAGCACCGUUUUUCCCUGAAACUAUGUUUAGUAUGAAUUGUGUUCCAGAUAGUGCUGUCUUGCAGAAACAUAGAGUUUCACUGAACGUAAAAGUGGAGUUCAAUGGGAUUCUAGACACCUUACCUCAGAUCGUUACCAAGAGUCCUAUCAUGAUUGAAAGGCUAGGUAUCAGACCAGAAUACCUAAGUAUGGAUCCAAAAGGAAAUCAAAAUCGUGGAAAGAUUGGUUAUGAUGGGCGUGGGAAACUUCUGGGUCAGGAGCAAGCAUCACAGCUAUCACAGAAAGUGAUAGCUCGUUUCCUAUCUAAAGUUGGUUUUGAAGGUUCCUCAGAAGUGCCACUGGAAGUUUUGUCUCAGUUAUUAAGUAGUCAUGUAUGCAAAUUAGGUCGUACAUUAAAGCUACUUGCUGAUAGCUACAGAAAGCAAUGCUCAGUCAUGGAGUUGUUAAAGAUGUUCCUUCACACAACUGGAUAUAGUAAUCUUGUGGUACUGUCUGAGCUUGUGAAGGAUGCUACCAGGAAUCCUGUACCGCAGACUCAGCAACAAGUACAGGGAUAUCAGUUGCAAUUGCAAUCACAGAACCAAGGACCCAUCCGGCCAUCGCAGCAGAUUCCAAGGCAAAUGCUUCCUCAGCUUCAACAGAUGAUUAAUUCCCAGAAUCUGGCUUUUCAGCAGCAUCAACAAUGGGAGAGAAUGAGAAGACGACAGCAGUCAACACCUCGUCCUGGUAUGAACAUGAAUAUAAAUAUGGACAAGGAUAGGCCUAUGGUGGAAGUCAAGGUUGAAAAUCCAUCUGAUUUCCCAAUGGACAAUAAUACCUUUGCCACAAUCGAUUCCCGGCAUUCCCAGCUGCAGCCAUUUCGUCAGCAACAAAUCGCUGCUAUGACAUCUUUCCAAACUAGCAAUCAGUUCAGGCCCAUGUCUUCGCCUCAAAUUCCUCAAAUGCAGUCCCCGAACAUGGGGAUGGCUAGGGCUCCUCCUGUAAAGGUUGAAGGCUUUCAAGAAUUGAUGGGUGGGGAUGCUACACUUAAACAUGAUUCGGAAGAAAACAAACUAACAUCACCGGCCAAAUAGUAUAGCUUUGAGUUUAAUACCUUCCGGCAUAGAAGAUGAAUUUAUAAAGGAAAAAUAUUUAGAAGAUCCAGAACACCUGCAGUGUGGAGUAGAGAAUCUGUGACUGUGGUGCAUGUCAAGAUCAGAUCUCGGAUUGUGUUGAUUAUCCUCCAUAAACUCAAGAAACUUGUUGACUUAAGUAUCAUGUGGCUCUUUGUUUCCAACCACACUCAUUUCUUUUGCUUUGUUUCUGAAUAUCUUUCCCUUGUCUUCAACAGUGAUCAACCUAACUGUCUGGGCCACCGAGUUUCUUGUGUAUGACCCAUUUUAUACUCACUUCUGCACAAUUCUAUUCCCAGCUGCUUGGUCAGGCCUCCUCCUGUAAAGAUUAAAGGAUUCCAAGAAUUGAUGGGUAGGGAUACCGCACUGAAGCCUGAUUUCAAGGAAAAUGAGUUAACUUUGCAUGCCUCAUAGGAUAAUUCAGUUAAAUACCUUCUUGUACAGAUGUAAAGGUACCAUUCUUUGAUAAGUUUUCCUACUCUUUUAGUUCUAUAGCAUAAUCCUACAUAAAUAUUAGUGUUUGUUGUAGAAUGCCAAUUUUGUAAAAAGAUUUUACAGAUGAAAUUAUUGUGCUAAUACUUAUUGAUUCUGGGUGUGGGCUGUUGUGCUAUGAAGAUAUUUGUCUUUUGUUUCCUA